ACAUGACAGCAAAUUAUUGAAUUUUUCUUUUGAAGAAAUCAAAAUAAACUUGGAAACAAGAAUUACAAGUAAAAUUUUGCUCUUUAAACCAAGUUUAGAACCGAUAUACCUAGUUUAUUGGUUAUCGCAGUUGUUGGAACGAUUUAUGAUAAGUUGUUGACCUUAUAUAACUGUCAACAAUGGAGCCAGGCUUAGCAGUUGAGGAGAUAGUGAUCAAACCAGAGGUCAUCCUCAUAUCAGAUGACGAAACUGAUUACAACGGGGAGCCACAAAAAAAACGCCGCCGGCGGGUUGUAAAGAAAUCCCCCCAUCCCUGCGAAGACUGCGACAAGAUAUUCCAAACGGGAUACGAACUUAAAAAGCAUAAGCGCACGCACACAGGGGAACGGCCGUAUAUGUGUACCACAUGUGGGAAAACAUACACACAGCUCGGACAUCUUAGUAUCCACGCACUCACGCAUCAAGGCAUAAAGAACUUCAACUGCCACGAGUGCGGCGCUUCGUUCUACAGAAAAGCCGACCUUGACAGGCACGAGAAAAUACACACAGGGGACAAACCACACGAGUGCGAAAUAUGCUCCAAGAGUUUUGUGCAGAAAAAUAAUCUGGUCAUGCAUUUGAAGAUGCACUCAGGGGAGAAGCCACAUGAAUGCCAAGUGUGUAAAAAGAGGUUCCUGACGCGGAGCAAGCUGGUCCUACAUUCCAAACGGCACGAAAAAGACAAGAAAAUCAAGAAAGAGUUCCUUGAACAGAUGAUGGUGUAAAUAUAUAAGAAAAUUUAAAGUAAGGUUAAUGGUCAUUCAUGUUUUUUACCAGUUAGGGUAAAAUGAUAAACUAUUGUUCGUUUUUUUUAGCAUUAGAAAUAAGGUAAACAAUCUUGAUGUGUCUUUUAAUUGAAAAACUCAUUUAAAAAUAAGUUACGGCAAAUAUGUAACAAUUAUGAGUCUAAUACGAUCAUUUAUAUUUUUCUGCUUUCAUAAGUAAUAGUUUUUGAAUUUUAAAAAGCGUUUUUCAAUUAAAAGACAUGUCAAGAUCGCUUACCUUCUUGCAAGUUCUUUCUAAUGCUAAUAAAACGAAUUAUUUAUGUUGGGUAAUUCCCCAGUAACUGGCCAUUUUUAGUAACUGGCCGCCGUAAACUAAAAAUGGAUUCUAUUCACCUAUAAACAGAAUUCAUUUUAGUAUAAGGUUUCAAUAACUGGCCACCUUACACUAUAACAAGAAAAAAGUAUAUAGAGUGCUCACUCCAUACAUCAGUUUUGGUGCCAAAAAUAUUAGUAUUUUCAUAGUCGACAUCUAGCAUCGAGUAGCGGAAUUAUCAGUACUGAUAUACUUGACAAUAGAUGUAGCGGCGACCGAAAAGUCUAAUGCUCAGCAAUUUCAGCUAAUAUUAUAAACGGAUUAACCGGAACUCUAUUUUCAACUCCUUCUGCUUCUAAUGUUAGUUGUAAAUUGUUGUUCAAUACAAUUUUCGUGGGUCACUCGAGAGACAUCUAGUAUCGAGUAGCGGUACUGAUAAUUCCGCUACCCGAUGCUAGAUGUCGACUAUGAAAAUACUUACUAAUAUUUUUGGUACCAACACUGGUAUAUGGAGUGAGCACUCUUGUCUUGCUAUACAGGGUUACUUUUUUACCGGUACAAUAAAUUUUACCACAUCAUUGGUAUCGAUAAUAGAUCACAUUGCACAAAUAAAUUUUUUUUUUUUAUUUCGCAUCAAUUAAUUUAUCCUUCACCAAUUUAGUAACUUCUGGUUGCACUAAUUACAAGGUGUCAACGGUAUGAAAUCGCGCGCGAUGACGUACGAUGACGUAUAAUGAAUUCUAUUUAUAGGUGAAUAGAGUUCAUUAUUUGUUUAGGGCGGCCAGUUACUAAAAGUGGCAGUGGAGAGUGGAGAACACAAACAAUGUAUGUUUACUUCAAUUUAUAUGUACUUAAACGAUGAAUUGUUAGUUUUUAGGGUUCCGUACCCAAAGGGUAAAACGGGACCCGUCCGUCCGUAUGUCCGUCUGUCUGUCACCAGGCUGUAUCUCACGAACCGUGAUAGCUAGACAGUUGAAAUUUUCACAGAUGAUGUAUUUCUGUUGCCGCUAUAACAACAAAUACUAAAAACAGAAUAAAAUAAAGAUUUAAGUGGGGCUCCCAUACAGCAAACGUGAUUUUUGACCAAAGUUAAGCAACGUCGGGCGUGGUCAGUACUUGGAUGGGUGACCGUUUUCUUUUUGCAUUUUAUUCCGUUUUUUUUUUGCUUUAUGGUACGGAACCCUUCGUGCGCGAGUCCGACUGGCAAUUGCCCGGUUUUUAUUAUUUUUUGGAUGAAUAAGGCGUUUUACACACACACCACUCUGAUUUGUCAGUGAGAUUUGGGUCAAAAUUCCUUUAAUUGUCUUGUUUUUUGUCCCCAAAAAAUGUGACGGAGUGGAGCUUUUUGUAUGGGGGGAAAUUUAGUUUUCGAUUUUUCUCAAAAUAAUUAUAAUCUACAGCUAGAAAGACAUACAAUAGGAAGAUGAUGUAUUUCUGUUGCCGCUAUAACAACACAUACUAAAAAGUACGGAACCCUCGGUGGGCGAGUCCGACUCGCACGUGUCCUUGUCCGCUGUUUAUAUAUGUCGCUCCAUUUGCCGAGAAAGAGUGUCGUCAGUAUAUAACUUGCCAAAAUUAUGUAUUUUGGUUGAUUUGUAUGAAUGGAAUGGUCUUUUAUCAAAAGGGUAUUGAAAAAAUAAUGUUAAAGAUGAAAUCUAGAAUUUACACGAUUUUGUUCCAUGGAAUUAUGUUUAGUGUUAUUAUAAAUACAUAGUUUUACUUACA